ACCUGCGUCCACAUCCCACCACCAUUACUCCUCCGCCGGCCCCUUCCGCUCCCCAAGACUUUUUCCCUCCUCCUUAGCACAGAAACGCACCGAAGGAAACGGACGCCAGUGCUCCGCCCGGGGCUGCCACCACGGCUGCGGCAGGCGGGCCGGGGACCGGCCGACCCUCAGGUCAGCCUUGAGAGGACAUCAGCUCCAGCACCAGGGUCCUAAUGGCGGCAGCGGAGCCAUUGACUGAGCUGGAGGUGGCCAUCGAGACAGUAGUCACCACCUUCUUCACCUUUGCAGGGCAGGAGGGCCGGAAGGGCAGCCUCAGCAUCAACGAGUUUAAGGAACUGGCUACUCAGCAGUUGCCUCACCUGCUCAAGGAUGUGGGCUCCCUGGAUGAGAAGAUGAAAAGCUUGGAUGUGAAUCAGGACUCGGAGCUCAAGUUCAAUGAGUACUGGAGACUGAUUGGGGAGCUGGCCAAGGAAAUCAGGAAGGAGAAGGCCCUGGAGAUCCGGAAGAAGUAAAGCCCGCUGGCUGGGAUGGGGGUGGACAGGGCAGGGCUGGGCAGGGCCAAGCAGGACCCCACUGUCCCCAAAUAAAGCUUCCUCCUUGAAACACAAA